CGCAGGAGAAGCCGCUUCCAUGGUGCCUCCGGCCGUGCUGCUGCUGCUCUGGGCGGUGCUGGCGCUGCUCGGGCCGGGGAGCGGCCGUGCCUCGCAGCAGGAAGAAAAUCUGCUGGUUCUGACUGUGGCCACCAAGCAGACUGAGGGAUUCCAGCGGUUCAGAAGAUCAGCCCAAUUCUUCAACUACAAAGUCCAGGUGCUGGGGCUGGAUGAGGAGUGGCAGGGUGGAGAUGACCAGCAGCCAGCUGGAGGGGGGCAGAAGGUUCGUCUCCUCAAGUCAGCUCUGAAGCAGCACGGGGAUAAGGAGGAUUUGAUCAUCCUUUUUGUGGAAAGCUAUGAUGUGCUCUUUGCUUCAGGCCCCACAGAACUGCUGAAGAAGUUCAGACAAGCCAAAAGCAAGGUGGUUUUCUCAGCAGAGAAUUACAUCUAUCCUGACAGAAAGCUGGAAGCCAAGUACCCUCAGGUGCGAGAUGGAAAGCGCUUCCUGGGUUCUGGAGGCUUCAUAGGUUAUGCUCCAAACCUGAAGAAGCUUGUGGAGGAGUGGAAAGGAGAGGAUGAUGACAGUGACCAGCUCUUCUAUACAAGAAUCUUCUUGGAUCCAGAAAAAAGAGAAAGUAUCAACAUCAGUCUAGACCACAGAAGCCGGAUCUUCCAAAACCUAAAUGGAGCAUUAGAUGAGAUAGUUCUGAAGUUUGAAAAUGCACGAGUGAGAGCAAGAAACUUGUUAUAUGACACUCUGCCUGUGGUGAUCCAUGGAAAUGGACCCACCAAGCUGCAGCUGAACUACCUGGGAAACUACAUUCCUCAAGUGUGGACAUUUGAGACUGGCUGCACAGUGUGUGAUGAAGGUCUGCGAAGCCUCUCGGGGUUUAAGGAUGAGGCACUGCCAAUGAUUCUGAUUGGCAUUUUCAUCGAGCAGCCCACCCCAUUCCUCUCCCAGUUCUUCUUGCGGCUUCGUAACCUUCGUUACCCAAAGCAGCGAAUCCAGCUCUUCAUUCACAACCACGAGGAGCAUCACUUGAUGGAGGUGGACUCCUUUGUGGAGGAGCAUGGCACAGAAUAUCUCGCUGUCAAAGUGAUCGGACCAGAUGAUGAGGUGGAGAAUGCUGAGGCACGUAACUUGGGCAUGGAUUUGUGCAGGAAGGAUCCUGACUGUGACUAUUACUUUAGCCUGGAUGCUGAGGUAGUUCUGAAGAACAAAGAGACUCUGAGGAUCCUGAUUGAACAGAACAAGCUGGUGAUUGCCCCCCUGGUCAGCCGUCAUGAGAAGCUGUGGUCCAAUUUCUGGGGAGCCCUGAGCCCCGAUGGAUACUACGCCCGCUCGGAAGAUUACGUGGAUAUUGUUCAAAGGAGGAGAGUUGGGCUCUGGAAUGUUCCCUACAUCAGCAGUGUUUACAUGGUUAAAGGCAAGGCUCUGCGCUCGGAGCUGGAGCAGGGGGAUCUGUUCCACAGUGGCAAGCUGGAUGCUGACAUGGCUCUGUGCCACAACAUUCGCAGCCAGGGAGUCUUUAUGUACCUGACAAACCAGCAUCAGUUUGGACACAUACUGUCCCUGGAGAAUUACCAGACAAAUCACCUCCACAACGACCUCUGGCAGAUAUUCAGCAAUCCUGAGGAUUGGAGAGAAAAGUACAUCCAUGAAAACUACACAGCAGCUCUGAAAGGGAAAUUGGUAGAAAUGCCCUGCCCAGAUGUUUACUGGUUCCCCAUAUUCACUGACACUGCCUGUGAUGAGCUGGUGGAAGAAAUGGAACAUUAUGGCCAGUGGUCCACAGGUGACAACACGGACAGCAGAAUACAAGGAGGAUAUGAGAAUGUCCCAACUAUUGACAUACACAUGAACCAAAUUGGCUUUGAAAGAGAAUGGUAUAAGUUUCUUCUGGACUAUAUUGCACCCAUCACAGAAAAGCUGUACCCAGGAUACUACACCAAGACCCAGUUUGAGCUGGCCUUUGUGGUUCGCUACAAGCCUGACGAGCAGCCGUCCCUGGUGCCCCACCACGACGCCUCCACCUUCACCAUCAACAUUGCCUUGAACAGAGUGGGCAUAGACUACGAGGGCGGAGGCUGCCGGUUCCUGCGCUACAACUGCUCCAUCCGAGCCCCGAGGAAGGGCUGGACCCUGAUGCACCCCGGCCGCCUGACCCACUACCACGAGGGGCUGCCCACCACCAGGGGAACGCGCUACAUCGCCGUGUCCUUCAUCGACCCCUAGAGCUCUGCUCCCCGGGGAGGAGAGGCCCUUUCCCUGCUGACUUGGAGUAGAAACAGGGAAUGUUGCUGAGAGUUUCUGAGGCAUUGUUCAGAGAUAUGUGGAUUUGAUUUUUAUAUGAUUUUUAAUGUGAUUUUUAUUGAUAUUUAAAGACUCCACUGCUGGAGGACUUCACUCUCUGACACUGCAGGUAAUAUCUAGGAAUAUUGCUGUAGAAGUCCAAAGGAGAUUUUGUGCCUUCAUUUUUGAUUCUGCUCCUCAUCCACUGUUUCUUGAAAGUGCUGUUUACUUGAACUUUCAUCAGUGAUUCAUUGGCUUUAAAAAAUGGUUUUUUGGAAUGGAAAUCCAGCUUUUAGGAGGCAAGUUACAAGCUGGAAGCCUGUUUUCAUCCACAGCAUAUACGGGACUGGAUGGUACACAAUAAUUUCUGGACAUUAUUCCAAAUAUAAACCAAUCAGGGAGCUGACUCCAGGAGUCAUAACAGUUGUCACACCAAAUGAAGCUGAG